AAUUGUUGGACGAACUUCACCGUUCCCAGAGUUGAUUAUGUCAAACAUGGGGGCACGCGUUGCACGGUUGUUUAGGAACUUUAACUUAGAAAACCGGGUACAUCGUGAGAUCGGGAAGGCAAAACCUGAAGCGGCACCUCGACAUCAGACCCACAUUGAUCCUGUUCAGAGUACACAGGUUACCGAGAUCUCUGAUGCCAUCCACAAGAGAAACGACCCUCUACUGGGGUUCCUGAAGUCGGUUUAUGUGGAAUCAAAGGAUCCUACAGAGGCUCCAAAGGAGGUGACUGAGGAGAAAGAGGAGCGCAGGCCUCUAAUUUUCAGCCUACCUGGGGACCCCUAUGGUAUUGUUGAGAUCAUUGAUGUCCCUAAAGGCAAACUGUCUAUUAUUGAGGCCCUCCAAGCUCUCAACAAUCAUAAGAAUGCUCCCCAAACAUGGACAUUGGACAAGGUCGCCCUGGAGUACUCUCUUGACUUGAAAGAUACUAAAGCACUUCUGGAGCAUUUCAUCCCCUUCGAGGUUAAGAUCAUACCACCAAAGACAGAGGAUGCAAAGAAGAUCAAAGAUAUCUAGGACGAAGAUGCAUUAUUCCUGGUCUUUAAACACAACAGCCAAGUGUAUUAAUUAUUUAUGUUUGUUGUCCUCGUCCAAAUGAAACUGCAAUAUUUGGAGUUCUACAUACUGUAAUGAAAUGAGGGAGAAGCAUGAGGUUUUGAGGCAUGAUUUGAAUGCAUGUUGACGUUUAUUGUCAUGAAUCUUGUCCUGGAGGCAAGAUGUGAUUUCCGCUAGAUGUCAAAAUUGGCUAUAUAUUAAUUAAGACAAUUGGAUAUUUGGUUAAGGUUAGGUUUAAAUCAGAUUUUCUGGCUGUGCCAGCUAGUGACCACUCUGCAGAGCUGCCUCCAGGGCAAGAUUCAUGACAAUAAAUGAUAACCUGCAAUUUGAACCCAGUACCCUAGGGUCCAGAGCUAGACAUGUUACCACUGCUCCAAAAAUAUGGCGCCCUUGUGGAGGUGGUAAUCAGUGUUAUAAACACCAAGGUUGUAAUAAUAAAACAAUCAUAUAAUUUGUGACAUCUUUCAAUACACAUUUACUAAUCACAUUAAAGAUGAAAUCUGCAGAAGGGGGAAAUGGCACCACUGGCCACCCCACCAUCAUUGUUAUCGUUUUUGCCAAACUGCGGAGCAUCAGCAUAGUAAAAAAAUAAAUCGACAUAUUGUGCUCCUCUAUCGCGUGUGCAAUGAUGUCUGAGGGGAGAAAACGGUGUUUGUUGUUUGCAGUAACUUUGUUGUAAUAUCGCAAAUGGACGUGGCUGUUUCCCCAUUAAGGAUUCCUGCUUUAACCAUUUAGGCCUAUAUUAUAUAGUUAUGACUGAUAGCUAUGAUAUUUGGCCUGCAAAUGAAUGAAUGAUUAUUGACAAAGUACUUUUAUUUAAGGGCUUCAUCCCUGUAUGUUGAGUCAUAAGGCUACAUGUUCACAUACAACUGACCCCGUGGUAAAUGGAUCCCAGUUACAAAACUGGUUCUAGAUGCUAGUAAGUUGUCACUUAGCAGUUGUGCAUCUCUCUGCAAGUAUCAAGCUACUCUUCUCUUUAAUUUGACAUUUAUAUAAACAAAUGUUCUGUAUGUUUGUCAAUCCUGUUACAAGAGUGGAAAUCAUUUAAUAUAUUUGACUUGUUUUUGUCUUCCAUGUGUGCCCCCAAUGUGUCAUGAUAUGUAAACCUCCAGUGUGUAUCAAGUGAGGACUGCAGUUUGCAAUGACCAGUGAAUGUAUCUCUGUGUUCGGCGUGGGGAUAUCCUGGCAAGAACUUCUAUAGUUUAUAUAUAAAUGCAUUGCUGGGCCAUUUCAUGAAAGAGUGAAUAAUCAGGAUGCCAUUAUUUACUUGUCACUAAUGUUGAUGAAGAUGUGAAUUAAAGGGAUGUUUGAGAGACAUUUAAUACAUUUGAAAUGUAAUUAAUGUGUAAAUAAAUGGAUUUAUUGUGGAAGGGGGUGCCCAUGUAAUAAAAAAAGUAUUGUAGUGUUCAUACUUUGACAUGGCUAACAGUGUCAUGUUCUGUGGCCUACUCCACAUUGUGAUUAAGUUAUAAACUCUUAUUUAUUCAUGAGAUAUGAGUAGUGGGUUCUUUGUUGAUUCAGUAGCAAUUUUGUGAGGUUACUUUGGUUUAAUGGUCUCAGUUUUCACAGCUUGCUGCAAAUGCACAUUUUUUGCAAAAUAAAGGACAUUGUUUUUAAAAGUU